GUCGAGUUGAUUCGUCCCCCCCCCCACACUCAAGCACCACACCCUUUUCCCCUUUUCCUCUGAUUCUUGUUACUGUGUGUCAUGCAUUGUACGUGAACAGACCCUUCUUCCUACUUCCAAUCCACGCAAACUCUCGUCGUCAUCUGAGAAUCAUCUAGCCUGUCAUGCUCGUUGCCAUUGUGAUGUUAAGUGCAUCCUGGCUGCCGAGUCUCAUCACAGCUCAGCAGUGUAUGAAUCUACAAUCGUCACAGGCAUGUCCAGCGUAUCAGCAAUACUAUGUUAAUAUACCAGCCAAUACUACAAACUACCCAUGGCUUGCCACGGUCAGUGAUGUGCCUGGAUUUGAUCAGGCACUGGUUCAAUACGCCAAUUCCACCCAAAACUAUCUACAAUUACUAGGAUGUACCAACGGAGCCUAUCCAACCUAUAUCCCGUACGCACGUUAUUCACUCUCCAUGUUGUGCGAACAAAUCAUUCAAGAUUCUCAAGAAUGCAACGCUGUAAACAAUUUAUAUCCCGGCCCUCUGUGCUCAGACACCUGCAUGUCCUACGUUGCCAGUGUGGCGCAGAUCACAUCUAAUACCAGUCUAUGUCAACCAAGCGACCUUCGUACCUCGGAGCUGGCGGAUUUAACGAAUCGAUGCUCCACUUGGGAUGGUUACAAUGGCACUACGGCCAGAGGGUGUAUUAGUGGAAGUGCAAAUGAGCCAUUGAAUUGUGGCUUUCAAAAUGACACGGCCACUGCUUGCGAAUUCUGUCAAGAAAACAGCAGUAACUCAUGCUGCCAAUCCAUCGUGGGAUGUAACUACCACCAUGGUUUAUCAGCAGGCGCCAUUGCUGGUAUUGUCAUUGGAUGUGUGGCGGCUGUCACCGCGGCGGUGUUAAUCUAUUUUUGCUUUUGCCGCCGACCAAGGCGAUUUCAAAAGGAGUUUCCUCCAUACGUACCACCCCAAUUCCAAAAUCGGCAUCAACGGUCCUUCAAUGUUCUACGAUCGGGUAGCAAGCAAUCGUUGGUCGCCAGUUCUCCCUACGACCCUCAAACCGUCAGUACAUCUUCCGUCCUACCAGAAGAUACCACGCCGUUUACCCAUGAAAUAGAGGAGUUUUAUGUCGCCGUUCAUCCUUAUCCACCUCAAAUUGUGGAUGAACUGGAACUUCAUGUGGGCGAUGUGGUAUGCUUAGCCAUGAUCUUUGACGAUGGAUGGGGUCUUGGCUUCAAUGUAAAUACGGGUCUAAAAGGAGCCUUCCCAUUGGUAUGCGUGACGCCGGCGUCGCGUGAAGUUUUAGAGCAAGUGCUAAUGGGAGAGGAAGAGGAUACACAAGUUAUGCAUCAUGUUAAUAGCCACCGAAACGAUGAUACUUAUUCCGACGCCGCAGCAUAUGGAAGUUACAUGCUUCAUCAGAACACCUUACCUUUAAGUCACAGUGAGAAACGAGUGUCUCAAGAUAAACUGGAACUUAACAUGGAACGUAUCCGUGAAACGCUUAGACGUUCCAUGAGUCUAUCUCAGCAUUCAUCCCGACCUGUAUCCUCGCAAACGUUGGCCUCCUCCUUGUCACAUAGCAACACCAUCCCCAAACGAACUGCUAGUAUGCGAUCCGCUCAUACCAAUCCUGGCAGUGCUCCAACGACACCCACCUCCCCCAAUUCACCCAUGUUUGGUAUGACUCCAUUAUCCAACGCCUUACUGCGUUCAAGAAACUAUCAACAAGAUGAUGAUACCUAUGAAAUGCUCAACCAACAUCGUCAACGCAACGGUAGUGUUGGAAGUAACAGCUGGAUGCAAUCUAGUUGAGAUAUACUAAAAUAGUCCCCCCAUAAUAAUAAUAAAAAUAAAAAAUGAAUUUGAAGGCAUGGUCAGAGCCAAAACACA